AUGGCUACUGUGUCUUGCAUGAAAUGUAGCUUAGCUAUUGAGGAUGGCACAGAUAACAUGUUGAGAUGUGAUGGUUGCAACAGACCUAUUCAUGCCUCCUGUUCGGAGCUUACUGCUGCGGAACUAAAGUGUUUCAACCUACGCUCAAAUGUUAAGAGACGUGUGAAAUACCUCUGUCUUGAGUGCGAGCAGGGUCUUCACCAGAUUCCUAAAAUUUUGCAAUUAAUAAGCGAGAUGAGAGAUGAGAUACGUGAGCUGAAGCGAUCAAAAUCCGUUGAUGUUGGAGUGACACAGGUGAUGUCUGGGCCCUCCCCUCAGUCCAGUGAAGAAAUUAUUAAUGAGGUGUUUGAAAGAACUAAGCGCUCCCAUAACUUAAUCAUACAUGGGAGUAUUGAGAGAGGUGCUAACAGGCAAGACCAGUUGCAGAUUGAUUCUGAUAUGGUUCAAUCAAUUCUUAAUGAAUGUGUUGUUUCUGAGCAAAAUUUUAAGUUUUUCAGAAUAGGAAGGUUUGAUUCUACCAAGGAAACGCGUUCUCGUCCUAUAAAGGUUAGUUUUUCUUCACCUGAUCCAGUGUCUGUCAUUUUGCGGAAGUUCAAAAAGUUGAAGUCCAAGUUCGAGAAAAUAUACGUUGCUCCCGAUAGAACUCCACGACAGGUAGCAUUUUACAGAUCUGUUAGAUCUGAGUUGGAUCAACGUUUGGCAGCGGGAGAGUCAAAUCUCCGAAUAAAAUCAGCAUGUGAAUAUACGUAUGAUAUAGUUUGUAUAACUGAGACAUGGCUUGGUGAUUCGGUUUUUGAUGGUGAAUUGUUUCCUCCAGGAUAUAAAGUGAUUAGAUGUGAUAGACAGUUUGGUAGGGUUAAUAGGUCUCGUGGCGGUGGAGUUCUGGUCGCGGCUUCUAACAGUACAUCUUUCAGCCUUAUUGAUGGAGCAUUUUUGACCGAUCGUGUCCCCUUGGUGGAUGUGGUUUUGUGCCGUUUUACUGAGCCCUUUACUUUUAUUGUGUGUGUGGUUUAUAUUCCGCCUGAUAUUACUGUUUUUCAGCUUGAGACUUUUACUACUGCAUUGGAGUUGAAUUUUUCUGGAGAGACUGUGUUCCUUGUUGGUGACUUCAAUUGUCCUGAUUUUGUUUGUUCUAGUCGUGGUCCUAAAUCAAUUCUUUUGCAGAACUUCUGUGAUCUCCUGGGUCUGCGUCAGUUCAACUCCGUUCUUAACGGGGAUCUCAGGCUGCUGGACUUAGUUCUGAGGGCUGAUUACUCUUCUUUGUCUACGGCAAUCAAUUCCGUUAAUUGGGAUAUUAUAGCAGAUUUCAAGAGUGUCGAUGAAGCUUUGGAUUUCUUUUACGACAAACUUUUCGAGAUUCUGGAUGACCUUGUUCCUAGAAGGACUAACUAUUCGGCAGAUCCUGACUUCCCUGUCUGGUUCACGAGAAAAUUAAAACGUGAUAUCCGCUUGAAGAACUAUUACAGAGUGAAGAGGCGUAAUGGUGGUGAAAGAAGAUAUUUUUUUGAAUUUAAGCGAUUGAGAGCACUGGUCAAGUCUGAAAUUAAUUUGGAGUACAGCAGAUAUCUGUCCGAGGUGCAGAGCCAAAUAAGAUCAAACCCCUCUUCAUUCUGGAAAUAUCUGGAUCAGAGAAGGGGUUCCACAAGAAUUCCUGGAGUCUUUCAUUCUAAUGAACGUCUUUAUGACGAUCCCAGAGAAAUUGUUGAUUUAUUUGGAGCUCAUUUUUCUAACGUGAAUAACCUGACUGCUGCCAGUGUUCAAGAUUCUGAAUAUUCGACGAACUUUCCACCAGUCUUUGUUCCAUCAGUGACAGAGGAUGAAAUAAAGUCCAUUAUGGAAAAAUAUCCUGACCGAUUAACAUCUGGUGACGAUCAGCUUCCAGCUGUGUUCUUGAGGGAAUGUAGCUCUGCUCUGGCCAGACCUCUCCACCGUAUAAUCUCCAUUAGCCUUAGUUCUUUUACUUUCCCUAUGAGAUGGAAGAGGGCUAGGGUAGUUCCGGUGUUCAAGAAGGGUGACUCGUCUUCUGUGGAGAAUUAUAGACCUAUUUCCAUUUUGUCGAACUUUGCUAAGGUAUAUGAGGAGGUCCUGUAUUCAAGCAUUUACCACCAUAUUAAGCACCGUUUAUCAUCAGCACAGCAUGGUUUUGUCCGGGGAAGGUCGACAGUAACUAACCUAGCCACAAUUUCGCAGGUCAUAGCAGAGUCCCUUGAUGAUGGAGGUCAGGUUGAUGUGAUCUAUACAGAUUUCUCAUGCGCCUUUGACACCGUUGACCAUAAUUUGCUUUUGAACAAGCUAGCAUCACUUGGUUUUGCGCCUGACUUUGUGAGGUUGCUUCGUUCCUAUUUGAAGGGUAGAACUAAUUAUGUUUUCUACAAUGGAUUCAGAUCUUUUGAGUAUGAGCUCAAGUUUGGCGUUCCUCAGGGAUCUAACCUCGGACCAUUGCUGUUUAUAAUAUUUAUUGAUGACCUUUUAUGCUCUCUCAAUUGUGAGGCUCUAGCCUAUGCUGAUGAUCUGAAGCUGUUCAUGAGAAUACAUGGAAUUAAUGACCAAUUACUUCUUCAGUCGAGUUUAGAGUUGGUUCAAAGUUGGUGCUUGCGGAAUGGACUUAUUUUAAAUUUGAAGAAGUGUUUUAAAGUUACUUUCACCAGGAAGACGCAGCCACUAGCUUUCGAUUAUCACAUUGGUGGUGAUUUAAUUGCGGCUGGAGAUCACUUUCGUGACCUGGGAGUUUGGUUUGACAGUGAGCUGAGUUUUGUUCCACAUGUUGAGGAUCUGUGUUCAUCUGCCUGUAGGUCUUUGGGUUUUCUGUUCAGGAGCUUCCGUGAACUAGACGAUCUAUCUGCUCUCAGAAAUGUCUACUUUUCCCUUGUUCUCAGUAGGUUGGAGUAUGCUAACAUGAUUUGGUUCCCAAUUUAUGCAACGCAUCUUACUCCCAUUGAGCGAGUUCAGAGGAAGUUCCUGAAAUACGUCGUUUAUAGGAAGACAGGCAUAUAUCCAGAGCGUGGUGUUGAUCUUUUCGGCAUAAUGGAAGAGCUGAAGCUUUCAACUUUAUUUGAGCGGCAGGUUCAGCAGUGCGCGAGAUUCGCCCAAAAACUCUUGGGUGGAAGGAUUCACUGCCCAUUUCUGCUCUCUCGGGUGAACAUUCACGUCCCGAGGAUGGCAGCCAGGAGUUCUCCAACAUUUAGUCUACCCACGCCUCGGACCAACAUACUCCAGCGGGCACCUGUGUAUAGGCUUUGUGAUUGUGCUAACAAAGUCAAUAUAAGUCUAUUGUAA